AGAAAGAGUGGAUAGUGCAGUGCGUGUUUGUUGUGCGCCUUCCAGGCUUCUAUUUUGGCCUUUGCUGUUUCCUUUCUGGUAUCGGAGCGUCCCUUUUCCGAAACCCCCGAUCACGGGAUUUAAGCGAGGGAAAACGGAGCUGGUGGAGGAGAUAUAUACUUUGAUCGGGCUCACAGGAAAUCACCUCACUCUUCUGUCGACUAAGAUCAAUGUCUCUUGGAUCCUGCAUCCCAUUGAAUAGUCUCUUCCUCUUUGAACAUAACACCAGGCCGUUUUGCAGGAUCGUACCGGGUGAGUGACUCACCAAAAUAUACGGACGGACGCCCAUCUUUGAGUGAAGCAGCAACAUCAUGAAGUCCAUUGCAAUAAUUGGCGCAGGGGUUGGUGGCUGCACCACCUACCUCUUCCUCAAAAAGCACCUCUUGCCACACAUCCCGGACCUGGAAAUCCACAUCUACGAAUCCUACCCGCCGCCGCCCUACCUCUCCAGGUCCAACCCUAAAGGCCCUUCCGGUCCCCUAAACGACACCGAAGAAAGACCCAACCUCCACUCAAACCCAACAACAAACGUAACUACCGCGCUUGGCGGUGGUCUCGGCCUCAGCCCCAACGGAAUCAGAAUCUUGAAGACUCUGGACCCAGAAAUCUACGCUCGGAUCAAAGCAUCAAGCUACGAAACUGAUACGUUUGGUCUUCAGAUUUCUUCAGGGAGGAUGUUGGGGAGUUUCCCAGCUGGUGGGAAACGUUAUGGGAAUGGAACGAUGAUUAUUAUGCGUGCGGCGCUGCAUGAUGCUGUGUUGGAGAAGGUGGAUCAGAAAGAUAUUAGUUUCGAGAAGAAGGUUAAGAGCGUCGUGGAUGGGAUGGAGAAAGUGAAGAUUGAGUUUGAAAACGGGGAGACUGUCGAGGCGGAUUUUGUAGUCGGUGCUGAUGGGGUUUGGGGAAAGACGAGACAGGCAAUUCCCGAGAGUGCUGCGUUGAAGGCGGAGUAUGACGGUCUCGUGGGUAUCGGUGCCUUUCUCGAUGAGAAGACUACUCGGAACAUUCUCGCCGAGCUCAAAGACAAGAAGAAUGUUGUGCUCCCCAAGAGUGUCAUGACCAUGACAUUCGGCCCUAGCGCCUUCUUCGGCACAGUCUUGGAUGUGAGUAGACUCGAUAGCGCCCCCUCCAAGGACGGACUUCCAGAAAAUAAAGAUCUCGACCGUGAACUUCCAUUUGCAGGCUGGUGGUCCACCUUUCCGAUGGAUCCUCCUCCAACUUCAAAAACCCCGUUCUCUGAAGUCAAAGAGAAGGUCCUCGCCAAUCACAAAGGAUGGACACCACUUAUCACAGCUUUGAUUGAAAACAGUGGGGUUGGCGGAUCCGGAGAAGUCACCCAUGUGCUUCCUCGAUGGAUCACCCCCAACUUGCCGAAGUGGACAAGUGAUAGCGGUCGGAUCCUGCUUGCUGGUGAUGCUGCUCAUUGCAUGCCGCCUGACAGUGGACAGGGAGUUAGCUGCGCGGUUGAAGAUGCCAUGACCAUCGGACUCCUCUGUGAGGCAAUUUUCGUUGUGAAGGGGGGAGAGGAAGCAACUGAUCAGGACAAUUUGAAAAGGCUGUGCGAUUUGUAUACGAAGCUUCGUAAGCCGAGAUGCGAGUACAUCGUCGCUGAAGCUCGGAAGAGAGGAGAUAUGAAGAGAGAGUUGAACGUGGUUGAACAGACGAUCCGCAAUGUCGUGAUGUGGACGAUGUGCAAGAUCAUGCCGGAGUCGAUGAUGGAUGCGUUCUAUUCUUACGAUGUGGAGACCGAGGUAAAGAAAGCUUUGAAUGGCGAGACACCUGCAUUCAAAGGAAAAGGAAAAGUUUCGUGAAGGAUGAGUAAUUUAUGUGAAAUACAAGGGACAUGGUCGGCAGUUGGCAACUCGGUGGCUCGAUACCCUCCCUACUCAGGAGUUUGACCGCAAUGUACUUUUAUUCUGCCAUCCAAAUCAGCCUAUGAUAAUUUGAUUGGAGACAGUUUAGAGCGAUAGAGUUGCGGCUGCAAAGUAUUUAAUUAAAUGAAGGCUGAGUGCGGCUGCAGGUGUGAAUUGUCGAAGUGUUGCGAGAAGCG